UGUACUCCUAAGUUUUAUAGUUAUAAAACCUUUAUGUCCAGUUAUCUCAAUAAAUAAAAGGACAGAAACCUUAGAGACUGAGGUGUAUGUUUCCCAAUCUUUCUCUCCCAUAGGUGUCUAGCUUAUUCGUCAACAACAUGAAACCUCAAAACCAGACAAAUAUUUUAGAAUUUUUACUUCUGGGGUUUUCCCAAGAUCCAGAGCAUCAACCCAUGCUAUUUGGGCUGUUUCUGCUCAUGUUUGUGGUCGCUGUGCUUGGGAAUCUGCUCAUCAUUCUGGCCGUCAGCAUUGACUCUCACCUGCAUACUCCCAUGUACUUCUUCCUAUCUAAUCUGUCCUUUUCUGACAUUGGCUUCAUCUCUACGACUAUCCCUAAGAUGUUGGUGAACAUCCAAACACAGAGCAAGUCCAUCACCUAUGCAGAAUGCAUCACCCAGAUGUACUUUGUUAUGGUCUUUGGAGGCAUGGACACAUUUCUCCUCACCGUGAUGGCCUAUGACCGAUUUGUGGCCAUCUGUCACCCCCUUCACUAUCAAGUCAUUAUGAAUCCCCAACUAAGUGGCUUGCUAGUUCUUGUGUCCUGGUUCAUUAGCUUUUCAUAUUCUCUGAUCCAGAGUCUGUUGAUGCUACGCCUGUCCUUUUGUACCAAUCAGAUAAUCAAACACUUUUACUGUGAACAUGCUCAAGCCCUCACUAUAGCCUGCUCAGAUACACUAAUCAAUAAUAUUAUUCUUUAUAUACUGAUAUGUGUCCUUGGCUUUGUUCCUUUCUCAGGGAUCCUUUAUUCCUAUUCCAAAAUUGUUUCCUCUAUUUUGAGAAUUCCAUCAACAGGGGGAAAAUAUAAAGCAUUUUCUACCUGUGGGUCUCAUCUCUCAGUGGUCUCUUUAUUCUAUGGGACAGGCUUUGGUGUGUACCUUAGUUCCAAUGCAACUUCCUCUUCUUGGAAGGGCAUGGUGGCCUCAGUAAUGUAUACAGUGGUCACCCCCAUGCUGAACCCUUUCAUCUACAGCUUGAGGAACAAAGACAUUAAGAAGGCCUUAAGAACACUUGGGGCAAUACUCUUUUUAAGUGAUAAGUUCCUGUGUUUUAGUAUUCUGAGAUGACAAAAGUAAAGCAGUGGGUUAAAGAAAUUC